AUGGGAGCGGCGCGGGCGGCGCCGGGAGGCAGCUGACAGGCGUCGCUGACUUCGCUGCAUGGCGGCUCUCUCCUCCAGCCUGGGCUCUGCGAGGACUGGGAGAGCCCAGGACUGCCCGAAGCCGGAGCUGACCGUGCCGAGCGGGGAUCUGUGCGCCGCGCCGCGGAGGCGCAGCAUGUGAAGCGGAGACGGAGUCGCGCGCGCGGCGAUCCUCUCUGACGGCCGGGAUGGCUACGACGGCCGAGCUCUUCGAGGAGCCUUUUGUGGCUGACGAGUAUAUUGAACGUCUUGUAUGGAGAACCCCAGGAGGAGGUUCUAGAGGUGGACCGGAAGCUUUUGAUCCUAAAAGAUUAUUAGAAGAAUUUGUAAAUCAUAUUCAAGAACUCCAGAUAAUGGAUGAAAGGAUUCAGAGGAAAGUAGAGAAAUUAGAACAACAAUGUCAGAAGGAAGCCAAGGAAUUUGCCAAGAAGGUACAAGAGCUCCAGAAAAGCAACCAGGUUGCCUUUCAACAUUUCCAAGAACUAGAUGAACACAUUAGCUAUGUAGCAACCAAAGUCUGUCACCUCGGAGACCAGUUGGAGGGGGUAAACACACCUAGACAACGGGCAGUGGAGGCUCAGAAAUUGAUGAAAUACUUUAAUGAAUUUCUAGAUGGAGAAUUGAAAUCUGACGUUUUCACAAAUUCUGAAAAGGUAAGUACUAUAAGAUUUUCAGAAGUGAAAUCCAAAAUUGCAAGCAAAUAUCAUGAUUUAGAAUGCCAACUGAUUCAGGAGUUUACAAGUGCGCAAAGAAGAGGUGAAAUCUCCAGAAUGAGGGAAGUAGCUGCAGUUUUACUUCAUUUUAAGGGCUAUUCCCAUUGUGUUGAUGUUUAUAUAAAGCAGUGCCAGGAGGGUGCUUAUUUGAGAAAUGAUAUAUUUGAAGAUGCAGCAAUACUUUGUCAACGUGUGAAUAAGCAAGUUGGAGAUAUCUUCAGUAAUCCAGAAACAGUACUCGCUAAACUUAUUCAGAAUGUAUUUGAAAUUAAACUACAGAGUUUCGUAAAAGAUCAGUUAGAAGAAUGUAGGAAGUCGGAUGCAGAGCAGUAUCUGAAAAAUCUCUAUGAUCUAUAUACAAGAACCACCAAUCUUUCCAGCAAGUUGAUGGAGUUUAACUUAGGUACUGAUAAACAGACUUUCUUGUCUAAGCUUAUCAAAUCCAUUUUCAUUUCCUAUUUGGAGAACUAUAUUGAGGUGGAGACUGGUUAUUUGAAAAGCAGAAGUGCUAUGAUCCUACAGCGUUAUUACGAUUCAAAAAACCACCAAAAGAGAGCCAUUGGCACAGGAGGUAUUCAAGAUUUGAAAGAGAGAAUUAGACAACGUACCAAUUUACCACUGGGGCCAAGUAUUGAUACCCAUGGAGAAACUUUCUUGUCUCAAGAAGUGGUGGUUAAUCUUUUACAAGAAACCAAACAAGCCUUUGAAAGAUGUCAUAGGCUUUCGGAUCCUUCUGAUUUACCAAGGAAUGCCUUUAGAAUUUUUACUAUUCUUGUGGAAUUUUUGUGUAUUGAACAUAUUGAUUAUGCUUUGGAAACAGGACUUGCUGGAAUUCCUUCUUCAGAUUCUAAGAAUGCAAAUCUCUAUUUUUUGGAUGUUGUGCAACAGGCCAAUACUAUUUUUCACCUUUUCGACAAACAGUUUAAUGAUCACCUUAUGCCACUAAUAAGCUCCUCUCCUAAAUUAUCUGAAUGCCUUCAGAAGAAAAAAGAAAUAAUUGAGCAGAUGGAGAUGAAAUUGGAUACUGGCAUUGACAGGACACUAAAUUGUAUGAUUGGUCAGAUGAAGCAUAUUUUGGCUGCAGAACAGAAGAAAACAGAUUUUAAGCCAGAAGAUGAAAAUAAUGUUUUGAUUCAGUAUACUAAUGCCUGUGUGAAAGUCUGUGCUUAUGUAAGAAAACAAGUUGAGAAGAUUAAAAAUUCCAUGGAUGGAAAAAAUGUAGAUACAGUUUUGAUGGAACUUGGAGUACGCUUUCAUCGACUUAUUUAUGAGCAUCUUCAACAAUAUUCCUACAGUUGUAUGGGUGGCAUGUUAGCAAUUUGUGAUGUUGCUGAAUAUAGGAAGUGUGCCAAAGACUUCAAGAUUCCAAUGGUAUUACAUCUUUUUGAUACUCUGCAUGCACUUUGCAAUCUUCUGGUAGUGGCUCCUGAUAAUUUAAAGCAGGUCUGCUCAGGAGAACAACUUGCUAAUCUGGACAAGAACAUACUUCACUCCUUUGUACAACUUCGUGCUGACUAUAGAUCUGCUCGCCUUGCUCGACAUUUCAGCUGAGGUUGAAUUUACUAUGGAAAUGUGUUUUAUUUCAUCAAGCCUUGGUUGAUGGAAAGCACAGGAGAUUCCUUAUGACACAGCCAACAUUUAAUUGGAAAGAAAAUGACUGGAAGAAAACAGCAGCCAUAGUUAAUCCUUGAGGUCUUAUUUGAAAUUUGGACACUAGCUAUAUUUUUCUCCCGGUUACUUGAAUUUAUUAAUUUCAAAUUUGGCAAAACCACGUGUCACUGUUUUUAUCCUGGAAAAUGUUGGUGUGAGAAGGGAAAUGAAAAUUUACCAGUGCUCUAGUUCUUGUCUUUCACAUUGUCCAUCUGAAGGGGUAUGCAUUAAUAAUGGGUGAAACACAGCAAAACCACAUUUAUUAUCCAUCAGUUUUUAUUGAUCUUUCCAGCACUGGUAGUUAUUAAUCAAAAUAUUUUUAAGAUUUCUUGAAUCUUUUGCUUUUUUUAAAAAAGUUAGCAGUUGACCAUCAUUUCUGUAGUUUACUGAUUGGAAGUUUUUCUGAGAAACAGCAGUGCUAAUGUUAUAAAUUAAAUUAAAAUGGUGAAAUGUUUUAUAUAGACACUAGAAAGUGGAUCAGAACAUACCUGCCUUCUGGGUAAAAUUUAAAGUUUACUAAUUCUUAUUUGGUAAAUAGGUUUUAAGCCAGUUCUAGCAA